GAGCCUUCCAGUGUACACACGGCUAGUUCGGAGCAGAGUAAAAUGAUCCCAGAUCAGUGUCUAUGUCGGUGUCAUGCCAUCCCCCUCCUCGCGCUGCUAGGUGCGCGCCAGCCUCGCGAUAGCCUCGCCUCCUAGAAUCAAAGCUCCGCUCGCGAGCUGGAUGCUGACAGGCGCGCGGUGCGGUCAUCAUGCAAAGGUUAACGUUACAUCGGAUCCGUUUCAGCGAGUCUGUAACGAAGAAGCUGCUCCUCCGCAGGACACGCACGGCUCGCACAAUGCGAGACGUCUAGCGACACCAAACCGUACUAAGUCGGCCGGGUUUGGCUACAAGCAGGUGUGAAACGAUGGACGCGAGUUUGGGAUUUUCCGCGAACGGCAGAGUGUACGCUGGCUCCUCUCGGCGGUAAAGUGGCUUCAUGAGUGUCCAAAGUAACAGUGGAAGUGGUGGUGGAAGUUUGGAGGCGACGCCAUCUUGGUCGCAGCUCUCCUCGUCCCCAACGAUUUCUCAACAACAUAUAACGGCGACCGCAAAGAGCAAGGAAGGCCCCAUGGAGGAGCUGCACAGCCUAGACCCCAGGAGACAGGAGCUGCUGGAGGCCAGGUUCACAGGAGCUGUCAGCGGCAACACGGGAGGCAGCUGCGGGAGCACCAGCGGAGGCGCUAAGGGUCUGGCCAACGAGUCCUCCAACCACAGCUACGGAAGUCUCGGCUCAUCCAGCGACAAGGAGUCAGAGAACUCUGACUUGAAAAGAGGGAGCUCCCCUGCCUACUCAACCCCAGAGAAGAAGCACUCCGAAUCGUCCAGAGGGAGAAAAAGGAAAGCUGACACCUAUUCAGAGAGUAGUCAAGGGAAGACCUCCACACGUGGGCCCAAGAUCAGCGACUACUUUGAUUUCCAGGGCGGAAAUGGUUCCAGUCCAGUUCGAGGCCUCCCGUCAGCUCGCCGCUCUCCACAGAACUCGCACUCUGCCCCGGGAUCAAUCAUCCGGCAGAACAGCUCCUCUCCCACCAGUCUGUGUUUCGGGGAUCACAAUCCCAAAGCCUCAUCCAGCAAAUGCGUCCAGACGGAGUUAACAGGCCUGAAACUUGCUGCUCUGGAGAGCAACAAGAGUCUGGACCUGGAGAAGAAAGAGGGGCGAAUAGAUGACCUUCUCAGGGCUAACUGUGAUCUGCGGAGACAGAUCGACGAACAGCAGAAACUCCUGGAGAAGUACAAGGAGAGGCUCAACAAGUGCAUCACUAUGAGCAAGAAACUGCUUAUAGAGAAGAGCACUCAAGAGAAGCAGUCGUGCCGAGAGAAGAGCAUGCAGGACCGUCUCCGGCUCGGUCACUUCACCACCGUCAGACACGGAGCAUCCUACACGGAGCAGUGGACCGACGGAUACGCAUUCCAGAACCUGAUCAAGCAACAAGAGGGCAUCAACCAGCAGAGGGAGGAGAUAGAGCGACAGAGGAAGCUGCUCGCCAAGAGGAAGCCUCCAAACCCUGCGUCUCCCUCCCUCUCUGUGGCCUCCACCUCUGAACCCAAGCAGAGGAAAACCAAGGUGGUCAACGGCAACGACUCGGACCCCUUCCUCAAGCCCUCACUGCCCCAGCUACUGACCCUUGCUGAGUACCACGAGCAGGAAGAAAUCUUCAAGCUUCGCCUCGGACAUCUGAAGAAGGAGGAAGCUGAGAUCCAAGCAGAGCUGGAGCGGUUGGAGCGGGUGAGGAACCUCCAUAUUAGAGAGCUGAAGAGGAUAAACAACGAGGACAGCUCAGCGUUUAAAGAUCAUCCUACUCUGAAUGAGAGGUACCUGCUGCUGCACUUGCUGGGCAGGGGCGGCUUCAGUGAAGUUUAUAAGGCUUUUGACCUGUUUGAGCAGCGGUAUGCAGCUGUUAAAAUCCACCAGCUCAACAAGAACUGGAGAGAGGAGAAGAAGGAGAAUUACCACAAGCAUGCAUGCAGGGAGUACCGGAUACACAAGCAGCUGGACCAUCCCAGAAUAGUCAAACUGUACGACUACUUCUCCCUGGAUACUGACACGUUCUGCACCGUGCUGGAGUUCUGCGAAGGCAACGACCUGGACUUCUACCUGAAGCAAAACAAGCUGAUGUCAGAGAAGGAGGCUCGCUCCAUCGUCAUGCAGAUCGUCAGCGCCCUGCGCUACCUCAACGAGAUCAAACCUCCAAUCAUCCACUACGACCUCAAGCCCGGAAACAUCUUAUUAGUGGAUGGUACUGCGUGCGGAGAAAUCAAAAUCACUGACUUCGGCCUGUCAAAGAUCAUGGAUGAUGAUAACUACGGGGUGGACGGUAUGGACCUCACAUCACAGGGAGCAGGCACCUACUGGUACCUCCCUCCGGAGUGUUUUGUGGUGGGGAAGGAGCCGCCUAAGAUUUCCAACAAGGUGGACGUCUGGUCUGUGGGAGUGAUCUUCUUCCAGUGCCUCUACGGACGCAAGCCGUUUGGUCACAACCAGUCACAGCAGGACAUCCUCCAGGAAAACACCAUCCUCAAAGCUACAGAGGUCCAGUUCCCUGCUAAACCACAGGCCAGCACAGAGGCCAAGGCGUUCAUCCGGCGCUGUCUGGCCUACCGUAAGGAGGACCGGUUCGACGUUCACCAACUGUGCUCGGACAGCUACCUCCUCCCUCACAUGAGACGCUCAAACUCCUCCGGCUCCCUGCAGCCCUCCGCCUCAUCUCUCCCCACCUACUGACUGGCUCUCACGUGACUGACAGGACCCUCUGGUCAAUCCUGAAGCGGGAUUGUGAGAAUUUUUUGAGGAUGACCGACGUGGAUCUCGCUCUCUCUAAUUUAAUUUUUUUGGUUAAACAAACCCGAGCUGUUCCCAAAUGAAUAAAAUGGCGAGAGAAGAGGAAGAAAGGAGGGUACUGGAGUUGCAUAUGUCGUGCCCCUGAACUCAACUGUGUGAGAUAGGGGGAAAGAAAUAAACUGAAUAACAGAAGAGAAGUUUAAUGAGAGCGAGAGAGAGAGAGAGAGAGAGGAAGAAGGGGAGUAGAGAGAGGCAGUGGCAUUGUUUGGAGCAAGAACAGACACUGAUGAAGCUAGAGAAUUUGUACCCCACAGGAGACAUUUAAACAGCUGUAGGAGCUCCUAUCCAAACCCACCUCUACACCAUGAUACAGACACACACUCACAGGACGGCUGUGUAACCGCUUCAACAAGAAAGACACUGGUGGUCUUGUUGCUUAGAGGAGAGGGGUGAGGGGUGGAACAGAUGGGCAGAAGUACGAGUUCAACUUACUCAAGUCGACUCUGCAGUCCCCUUUUUUUAUGAGGCACAAAACGAUGGUUGCAUCUCAUUAAAUUCACCCACGAGGGAGGGAGGGGCGGGGGGGGGGGGGGGGGGGGGGGGGUUAUCGACUUAAAAGCAACAACCUAACCUGGACGGGACUUGACUUAUAAAGAAUAAAUACAUAAAUUCCAGAUGAAAUUUCUGGGUUUGAUUUGCACUUCGGAUCCAGAUCGCACUCAUCUGGUCUGGGAUUUGGCAUGAAGUACCACAGCGUGGGUCAGCUCUGGACUUACGCGUAGUCAGAUCCUCCGUUCAAACUUUUGUUGGUGUUGAAAAAGCAAUUCAGGUCUACUGCCAGGUUUACAGAAAGAUCUGCCAACCUGUCAUAAUCCUUUUUUUUUUUUUUUUUUUGCUGUUCAGAUAAAAUUGAGAAAUGUUUAAAAAAUGGCAAAGUAUUACAGGACCAUGUUGUCGUUAGAUGUCCUCGUCUGCCUGCCUGCCUGCCUGGAGGAGAGCCGGACUGAACCGAGCAACCGGAUCAGCUGUCUCUGUACUUGCAAAGACCCUGCGGUUACAGGACUGUUUCCAGGGGGGUAGGUGUGUGUGUGUGUGUGUGUGUGUGUGUGUGUGUGUGUGUGUGUGUGUGUGUGUGUGUGUGUGUGUGUGUGUGUGUGUGUGUGUGUAUGGGGGGGGGGGGCGCGGGCGCGGAGUUAAGUGUACAUUUCACACACAGGAGCAGACGUUACCCACUAGCAAAAUCUAUAAUAACGAACCUCCCCCCCACCCCCCCCACCCCCAAUCCCACCCCCCACCUCGCUUCCCCAGUGUCUCACUCUGCUCUGUUUAUUUGUGUUUCCUCCUGAAAGCUGUUCUCAGUUUGCUGCUAUAAAUGUUGCUUUUAGUUUGUGUGUAACGUGUGAAUGGUUUUCGCCUCACGUCUGUGCAUACUUGAACACUCUCCAGAGCCUCCUUUUUUUUGGUCUUUUUAUUUUCCUGAAACGGACACCCGCUGUGCUGUUGGAAGGGUGGAUGCCACACAUUCUUCUGCCACAAAAAGCAUCAAUGUCCAUGUGGGGUUUUUGUUUACUUUCAUGUAGAAGUCUAACAGACAUCAUAUGGAGCAAAGUCCCUGUAUGCUGUGUAGUGAUACUGGAAACUGUGUAUGUAUGUAUGUAUGUAUGUGUGUGUGUGUGUGUGUGUGUGUGUGUGUGUGUGUGUGUGUGUGUGUGUGUGUGUGUGUGUGUGUGUGUGUGUGUGUGUGUGUGUGUGUGUGUGUGUGUGUGUGUGUGUGUGUGUGUGUGUUUUGGGGGGGUGGGAUGGGGAUGGGGAUGGGGAUGGGGAUGGGGAUGGGGGGGGUUCACACCUGUUCAUGCCUGUACAGAGUGGGCACGCUCCAGGUUGGCUGUGUUGCAGCAUGAUUUACUGCAGCUAGAAAUUCAAGCGGAUAUAUCACAAUGUUGUCGUCUUGUAAAUAAAAACACUUAACAUGUAUGUUGUCGUGAACCUUUAAAAGCAACCUGGACUCAGAUAAAAGGACAGCGGGUUGAGUGUCACCUGCUUUAAAAAAAACAAAAGGUCUCAAUUUUCUCAGUGCGAGCUGUUGAAUGAACAAAAAAAAAACCCACGGAUACACUAUGAGAAACAUGACAGGUGAAUUAAACUGCAGGCGGUACCUGCUCCCCGGCUUGUUGCUCCCAAAUGAAAGCAACUGAUUAAGUGCAAUGAAACAGCUGAAGUCCGUGUCCAGUCUGAUAAAUUGUAAUUUUAUCCACUUGUGUGCAGUAAGGCGUAAAACAAACCUAUCCCCCCUCAUGUCUAGUUUAUUUCCUUCUCUCUUCUACUUGACAAAACAGUAGAAAACGGGUGCAACCAUGAAGCACAUACCGUGUGAUUAAAGACAUCCAUGUACAGACAGAUGUAAGUACAGCCAUUAGUAAGCUACAUGUUAAACUACAUAAGCGGUGGGAGUGCAACGUUGAGACCAUGUCGUUCAUAUGCAAUAAAAAAAAAAAGAAAUUGC